ACCCUUCCAAAACCCCGUGACAAAACCAGCCAUGCCCUGUACCUUCAACCAUGGCCUUCUCUGCUAAAACUCCACGAACCCUUAUCAAACCAGACCAUCCAAGCCCUCUCAACACGAACAACCACAGCCCCAAAUCCAUCUAUUUCUCAAAUCAACGCAAAGCCCACCAAAUUUCCUCAACAAAGCCCCACCAACAACUCUCAGUCCUUAACACCAAUUCCUUGAACACCGACAACCCAAACUCCCAUCUCCACCUUCUUUGCCUCAAUGGCCACCUCCAACAAGCUCUAAACUACAUAGACUCAAUGAAAGAAUUGCAAAUUCCAUUAGAUGAAGACGCGGCUAUUGCUCUGGUGAGACUUUGUGAGUGGAAGAGAGCUUUUGAAGAAGGGUUUAAAGUUUACUGUUUUAUAUCGAACUCGGGUAACCCUUUGAGUCUUAGGCUUGGAAAUGCUUUGUUGAGCAUGUUUGUGAAAUUUGGGAAAUUGGGUGAUGCUUGGUAUGUGUUUGGUAAAAUGCAAGAAAGAGAUGUCUUUUCUUGGAAUGUUUUGAUUGGUGGGUAUGCGAAAAAGGGCUUUUUCGAUGAAGCUUUGUGUUUGUAUCAUAGGAUGUUGUGGGUUGGUUUUAAGCCCGAUGUUUAUACUUUCCCUUGUGUUUUGAGAACAUGUGGUGCUGUUCCAAAUUUGGAAAGAGGUAAAGAGGUCCAUGUCCAUGUUAUCAGGUUUGGGUUCGAGGCGGAUGUUGAUGUGGUUAAUGCUUUGGUAACUAUGUAUGUGAAGUGUGGGGAUUUGGCGCGAGCAAGGUUAUUGUUUGAUAAAAUGACUAGGAAGGAUAGGAUAUCGUGGAAUGCGAUCAUUUCAGGUUAUUUUGAGAACGGAGAGUGUUUGGAAGGGAUAAUGCUGUUUUUUAUGAUGCGUGAGCAUUGUGUUGAUCCAGAUUUGAUGACUAUGACGAGUGUGAUCUCUGCAUGUGAGAGUCUUGGUGAUGAUAGAUUAGGGAGGGAAAUUCAUGGAUAUGUGAUUGUAACAGGGAUGUCGGAUGAUGUUUCAGUGUGUAAUUCUUUGAUUCAAAUGUACUCGAGUCUUGGACGUUGGGAAGCAGCAGAAAAAGUUUUUGAUAGGAUGGAAUGGAGGGAUGUAGUGUCGUGGACAGCAAUGAUCUCAGGUUAUGAGAAUAAUGUACUGCCUGAAAAAGCUGUCGAUACUUACAGAACAAUGGAGCUGCAGGGUUUCAUUCCUGAUGAGAUCACUUUAGCCAGUGUUCUGUCUGCUUGUGCCUGUUUACGUAAGCUAGAUAUGGGAAUUAAGCUUCAUGAACUUGCUAAACGGUCAGGGCUUAUAUCUUACAUCAUUGUUGCUAACACCUUAAUUGAUAUGUAUUCCAAGUGUAAAUGUAUUGACAAGGCUCUAGAAGUAUUCCACAACAUUCCUGACAAGGAUGUCAUUUCUUGGACUGCUAUCAUUUUGGGGCUUCGGCUUAACAACCGAUGCUUUGAAGCAUUGAUUUUUUUUCGACAAAUGAAACUGAGUUUAAAGCCAAAUUCUGUCACUUUAGUGACUGUUUUAUCUGCAUGUGCUAGAAUAGGAGGAUUGAUGUGUGGGAAAGAGAUUCAUGCAUAUGCAUUGAGGACUGGGAUGGGGCUUGAGGGUUUCAUACCCAAUGCCCUUCUGGACAUGUAUGUAAGGUGUGGAAGGAUGGGACCAGCGAGGAACCAAUUUAACUCGCAGAAAGAGGAUGUUGCAGCAUGGAAUAUUCUGCUGACAGGAUAUGCGCAACGGGGACAAGGGACACUGGCUGUGGAGUUCUUCAAUAGAAUGAUUGAGUCUAAUGUCAACCCAGAUGAGAUUACAUUUAUUCCACUCUUAUGUGCUUGCAGUAAAUCAGGAAUGGUUACUGAAGGUUUGAUGUAUUUUAAUACCAUGGAACUGGAAUAUGGUGUCGCCCCAAAUUUGAAGCAUUAUGCGUGUGUGGUUGAUUUGCUUGGCCGUGCUGGACAGUUGCAGGAGGCUUAUGAGUUUAUAAUGGAAAUGCCUAUAAAGCCAGAUCCAGCUAUAUGGGGAGCCUUGCUAAAUGCAUGUAGAAUCCAUCGGCAGGUUGGCCUUGGUGAAUUUGCAGCCCAGCGUAUUUUUGAAUGUGAUACAACAAGUGUUGGGUAUUAUGUUUUGUUAUGCAAUCUCUAUGCUGGCAAUGGUAAAUGGAAUGAAGUUGGAAAAGUUAGAAAGAUGAUGAAAGAUAAUGGGCUAACCAUUGAUCCUGGAUGCAGUUGGGUGGAAGUUAAGGGUAAAAUUCAUGCUUUCCUCAGUGGUGAUGAUUUUCAUCCUCAAAUAAAUGAAAUAUAUGCAGUAUUGGAAGGGAUUUAUGAGAAAAUGAAGGUAGUCGGCCUGGAUGUACCAAAAGGUGACUCCACGGAUGAUGUUGAAAUUUCAAAAGCUGAAAUUUUCUGUGGCCACAGUGAGAGACUGGCUGUUGCAUUUGGUCUUAUUAAUACUGUCCCUGGAACACCAAUAUGGGUAACAAAGAAUCUCUACAUGUGCCAAAGCUGUCACAGUACCAUUAAAUUCAUCUCCAAGAUUGUACGCAGGGAGAUUUCUGUUAGGGAUACUGAACAAUUCCACCAUUUCAAGGAUGGCACCUGUUCUUGUGGUGAUGUGGGAAUAUUGGGGAAAACUUGACAAGUGAGAUCUCUGAAAGAAAUUUGACAGUUAUUAACUCUUAUGUAGAAUGUAGAUACGUGAAAGGCAGCCUAAAUGAUGCAGUGGAAAAUGUAUUAUUGGGCUAUGGAUCAUGGAUCAGCCUAUUAAAAUUAAAAUGUAUUACAUACCACAGAAAGUUAAAGAAGCUUGGAAGAGUGUUGUAGACUCCUUUUAAAUAUUGAUGCUCCAUUGGCAUGAAGAGUGAAAAAGCCUCCUCUCUGAUCUCUUUGGCAAUGUACCUUUAAACAGGAAGAAUGACAUUGGGGGUUGAUGCGUGGUGCUCAUAGAAACUCAGUAGACUCCUUUGGCAGUGACAUGUAAAUUCCUGUAGUUAUGCUUCCAUGCUACUUGCAUGCGAUUGAUAUGGCAAUGUGUUCUUAAAGUGGAAAGGAUAUAUUAUAUGGACCAUGUCUUGUUCCUUGUCUAGCCGAAAAUUUAUAUCUGCAUAUUUCCA